UCGUCUAUAGAAUAUAAUACAUCGAGAAUUGCACGAUUUCGUCGUGGUGUUAAAGAAAAAGUAUUAGAAUUAACCAACGAAAUGGCUAAGAAAAUCUUCUGCAAUAUAUUGAUGGUGACCCUAAUCGUACUCAGUGCCGAUGCCCGACCCUCCACGGGUGAGGUUAACGUUGAUCCCAGCGAGUAUCACGGUAAUCUCUCGGUGGAGACCGUUCUAAAAGUUCAGCAAUGCGAAAAGGACUCCAAUACGAUGGAACUAUGCAUGAGGUGUGCCAAAGUGACGAAGUCCGACUUCGUAUAUCCCAUGUGCUGCAGCAACGAUGACGGCAUCAAGGACUGGUGCAGGGAGUACGUCUACUAUGGCAACGAAUAGAACUGAGAGGCGGGUCAGGAGGCGAUCCCAUAUCUGUAAAUUAAUUCGUACUCCUGUAUGGAUUGGCUGUGAUAAACCCACUGUAUUUAUUUAAAUUAUAUUUAGGAAUAAACAAGGCUAAAUUAGCGUA